AUGGGAGUCGACAACGUUUGUUCAAGAUUUACUGAACAAGACUACGCUAUCUUUAUCGAUGACAUUGACAAUCAACUUGUCCAGUUUUCAAUUGAGUAUCCGUUAAUGGUACAGAAGAGUUACUGUGAGGAAAAGAGGUAGGUUUUCAUGUAUUAAUAGUUGUUACUGAAAAAGUAAUGUUUCUUGUUAAUUAGGUAUCUGUAUGAACAUUUGACUUAAUAGAUAUUAUUUUUUUAUCUAUAAGUUUUUUUUUAUAUUCUUGAUAUUUUAGAUGCUCAUCGCUGCCUGUUAUGCUGAAUUUCUAUGGAGAAGGUUGGGAACAGCUAAGGGCUUCAGAACCUAAAAGAUUCAACUAUGAAGCCACAAUUUACGCUGAGGUAAAGACAGACGACGUUAACUUCAAGCCAAUUCAUGUUGAGUUGGGAAAAAACGUGAGUUUUUGAUAGAUACAUUUACAAAUUUGAACAUGUACAAUACUUGUUAACUAUUACAAAAAGUUUAUACUUAAAAUAACCAACUAUAAGUUUUUAAAUUCUUAUUUUAGACGAGCAUUCCGGUUGUUGGUAUUCACCACAAUUCAUCCACAAGCUCCAAAGACGCCUUCAAGACCACCGUGACUGUUAGUGUCGGUAGUCGUUGUAUAGGAGUGUUCAACACGGAAUCAAUUUAUGCCGUAGGAAAGCCCCCAAACAAACUCCCUUCGGCUGAUCUUGCACUAUGGGUCAGAGCUGAUGCUUUAAUGAACUACGUGCUGAAGUUCAGUAAAAAGAACUUGGCGAAGAGCGAUUACAGAGGAAUGUCAUGGUAAGUCUAGUUUUUAGGUUGACUUUAUUUAGAUUUUUAAAAUUUUUUUGAAAUUUUUAUAUUUUGGUUUUUCAAAAUAAAUUUUUUGAAAUUUUAGGUUUAAAAUCCUGAUUUUAAACAUUUUUUGAUUAAAUUUGCUGAUUUAACUACAGUUUUGCCUUAAUUUAACAAGUUUAAAAUUAUUGAAUUUCUAGGUAUUUUAAUACUGACAAUGGUCAACCAGUAGCAUCAUCAUGCAAUUGGAAAAACAUUAAAAUCCAGCGACAGAAUGCUGACAAUAUUUAUGAAAAUCUGAAGGAUGGUGAGAUUGUACGACUAGUCUGCGAAGACUACGCUAGUCCUCUUUUGGUAAGGCUGUUUAUUGAUUUGUAUCUUAAAUUUUUAUUAAUUUAAUCCUUAAAAUAAACUAUAUUAUUGAGUUUCAAUUAAAGAAUAGUAGAAAAAUACGAUUUAUAUAACACACUAUAAAGUAUAAUAUAACUUUCUUCAGAAAAUAAAAACGACCGUAAAACGAGAACACAACCUAAUAAUGCAGAUGGAUAAGGUCGUCUUUGAGCUCGUAGAGGAUGUAGAUAACGGUCGAAAAGGCCAAGUACUAUCGUUUACUGAAAGCGACGUCUUGUACAACAAUGCCUACAAGUUCAACUUUAUCGACCAGGAUUUAGACAAGGACUUUGUGUGUUCUUUAAUUGCUAUUGAUAGUGUGAACUACGCGUUUAAAUUGCCAAGAGAUGGUGUUAUUGUAGAAAAUCCUCCAAAGGAAGAGAGAUUAUUACCUGACGCUGAAGUUAGAAGAAAUGUUGAGAAUGAAAGAAAGUUGCGUGGACAAGGUUUAGAUGAAGUACAACAAGUAUUUGUCGGAAGUACUGAAUGUGCUGUUAACAAAAUGUAAGUAAUAACUAUAUUAAUAUUAAUAUUUCUGGAGGGGAAUACAGUGUCUAAGACAAGCUCUUAGCCAGUCUGGGUUCUCAGCAACCAUUAUAAUAUUUCACUGUAGGUUUAGUGAACGUAUAGCAAAGAUAAAUUUAUUGUGAUAAAGAAAAGAAGGUUUUAAACUCCAAGAACCUUUUAGAAAACAGAAAACUGCUUUAAAAAAGAAUGUUUUGUCACAUAUCUAUAUCAAUAUCUUUCAGAUCCAACGACUUAAUAUCAUUCACCAUACCAGACCAACAUACACUGAUAAGCAAAAAGAUCAACUUUGAAUUCUUCGCCAAUGUAGAUGGAAGAACAUUCGACUUCAGCUUGCCUGUCAGUGUUAUCACUAAAAAAGGCAUCUUGUUCUGGACACGAUUUUCAAUCGAAACGACAGUAGAGACGUCAUGUUUUGCUAAUAUGGUUUUUACUUGA